GAUGCUUGUCGUUUCUUUAAACAUAGCAAUGGGAGGAAAUUUGUGAACACUGAGAUACCGAAGACCAAAACGUUGAUUAUUGAAUUCCCUAAUGCUACUUAUGCGAACAGCACGUUCUCGCGCUCUGGCCGAUUGAACCUUUGGUGAUUCGUCUUCAGCUCAGUUACUAGCCAUCGAUCUUCAAGACGUAAAUCUACUUAAGUAAAUACGUGAUCCGGCGUUACUGGCAGUUCUUACUCUUAACACUCAUCUACCUAGCACUCAAGUACUCACUCUGCACUCGACUCUCUGACCAUACCAUCGGCUUAUAACGCAGUUUGCUUUGUAUUUUGCGAUCUGUUUGAUAAAAUGGUGGAAACGCGAUACCUUCACAAAUGCGCAUGUCUGAUUAACCUACGAUAAACGGAGAUAUCUCGUCUUGGAUACAUGUGUUCGGCCCGUCUUCCCCCAUAAGUGCCCAUAAAUACAACGACGUAACAACACCAUGUCCCCAAAAUCUCAAGCAUGCGAUGUCGACGGGGCAUUCACACUGCCUCGAGUGCACAAUUUGUCACCGUCGUCCUUGACCUCUCGAGACCCAGCUACACAUGGCUCUCGACGAUUCCUGUUAUUGGUGAUGACCGUGAACGUUUAUCAAUCCUCCCAGAUGUGUGGCAUGGUGGGCCAUUACAGUCUGCACACAACGCGCUCACAGCCGAUAUCAUAAAGCACAUACAAUCCGACUUGCAAUGUUGGCUAGAUGGCAAUGUGACUCAUCCGGUUCAGAUGCCAUCUUGGCUCUCGCUGGACGAGACUCAUUCUAUAAACUUAGAGGAGGCGUGUAUCUCGCCGGCCUCUCGGAAUAUUUUAUCCCUGAGGUUGAUCUUGGACUAUGUUGUUCAGAACAGACACUACAGUGAAAAACCUUUUCACGCUAUUAAUUGGGUCUCUGGAUCUUGCUCUGCCCUCGAAUACCCAAUUCCCUAUUUUGAGCUCUCGCAAGAUUGUCCUUCCCACCAGGAUAUUGCAGCAAUAAUCGGCAUCACGAGACAUGAAGGGCCAUACGAGGGUGGCACUGAUUAUCUACUCCAGCGGCGCAUCAAGACAGCAAUAUCCCUUUUGUUUAGCUCCUUCGAUGUCGAUUACAUUCCUGGGACGGAUUGCUUGGAUGCGCCAAAUUCAGGACCCUCAGAUAGAUGUCCAUUGCUUAUUGCAGGAGGAUGUUCUGAACUCACGGAAACUGUCAGGUCCAAGAUGGCUGCGAGUGCGCAACGUACCCUGGAGUUGAUGUUCAAGUUACGUGAUCCUACCUCCGCUUCCCUACCGAAAUACUUCUUUAUAUACGGGUUACACUGGUCGACAACAGUCUUUUCAAUCUUUGUACACUUUCCCUCUCAUAUUCCUCCAACAGAUACCGCCACGACUCGCCCAGCUGAAUUCCGCCAAUUCCUAGUCGUUCAGCAUCGACUGAUACCUGAAGUAAGUGCAAGCCAAGGCGAGGCCCAAGACGAUCGAUUUUUCGAUCGCUGGCGACUGCUCGUCGCGUUGUUCUCGGUUCGGUCGCAUGUUCGAAAGCUCCACGAGUGGUUAAACGACACGCAGAAAAUAUAUCCUAAUUUUCCGGCUGACAUGCGGGGUAGUGCCGAGCAAUCCAGACGCGUUCUUCAAGGCCGUCCAUCUCAACGAUUGUUGCUAUACCUGACUGGCGUUCGGGACAACUGGCGUGCAAAUCGUUUCCCCGUUCCAGAAACUUGGAUUCCUGCCGAUGCAUCGGUGAUAGUUGCCACUCAUGUCUCAGAUUGGGACAACGACUUAGUGGUAUUGGAAACUAGACAACUAGCUUCCAUCCACAUAUAUCCUCUUCGUGGUACCUUUAUACCUCUUUCAAAGGAUGCCCUCCGAUCUAGGCAUCUUGAUGAAGAUAACCUUGGACCCGACUUCAUACAUCGCGUUCAUACUCCUCGCAUUGAUGCUCUUCCUGAAUGGCUAGAUGUUGAAGACCACCUGGAGGACACUGCGCCCCAUCUCAAUCGACUUUAUGACUUACUUGUUAUGUCGACACUAGGCUGGCCCGAUGUCAACCUGUUCAUAGCCAGUGCCUUCUCUAGUUUCUCUGAGUACUCGGUUCAAUGGAACCCGAAGGUUCGAUACCCGUAUGCUAUGAUCGACUAUCCACAACAUGGAAUGAUCGUCGACUUCGCAUUGGCUAUGCAAAAGAUUCCGGCCUCAACUGAACGCACAAUCGAGCGCGCCCCUUUCCUGCCUUUGACGGCGUCUACUCCGGCGAUCCUACUCGGAUUUCGCUCGUCAAAUUUGAAUGAAGACGGUUCACAUGUCUCAGAAGAAGAACUUCGGAAGCUUACUCUUGUUAUGGCGCCUCACCUACAACUUCUCGCAAUGUUCCUCUGUUUCUGCGCUACACGAGGGCGAAAAUUCAAUGGUAUACCCUCUUGGGCGACCCUAUUCUGCACGUAUCUGAAAGCAGGCUAUGUUCAUAUACUCGCAUUCUCCCCAGAUGAUUGUUCCCCUGGAUUCAGGACUAUCACAACCCAUGUAGACUGUUUGCCAAUUGCAAGACAAUGUCGUGACAAUGAAGACCUACAGGAUCGCGUGCGUCUCGCAAUGGCGCUCUUCACCCUCCAGCGUCACAUCAUUCGCGUUUGCACUCAUUGGGAUGACACGAUGUGGGCGCGGGACGGCCUCACCGAGGAGCAUGAAGCUAUUGUGCAGGCCACAGGUAUCAGCACUGAGGAUGUGUCGAACCGCGUUGUUCCAGUUGAAGGGGAUACGAUGCGAAAACGCAAAAUUGUAAAACGACUGCUUGCCCGCGGACUGAUUGAGGACAUUGAUGCAGAAUAUGUGAAUAUUCUUCCUUCAAGUGAUUCCGAAGACAGCAGCGCAAGCGCCGAAUAUGACGAGGAAAACACCUAUGAUAUUAGCGAUACCCGGAUUUCCAAGAAGGAGAAGAAGCUCCUUAAGAAACGAGUGAUGGACUGGCGUAUGAAAUGUGGUGUUGCAUCUGGAGACGAGGAACACUGAGGUGGCUAAGUUGCAGUGCAUACAUUGUCAGGCUCUUGUAUAUAUCAUGGAGCCGAAGCUUAGAGUUCCUUUUAACGACGGACGAUCGAUCCUGCCUGAUCCUGCGUGCUUCAAAGCAAACGCAUUGUUCCAUAUUCGGGACGCGCGUCUUGCUCUUUGCCCUCAUCUAAGACCUCGAGUUCGCACUUGUCCGACACUCUGCACUCGAACUUUUGGUCAUCGUGUCGUGUGGUAACAUGCAACUGUGCGAGACGGGAACCAUGAUUGCAAGGGGAUCAUAAUAGAAACGUAAUAUCCAA